UGAUUCAUUAAUCAUUGCUCGUCUGAAUGUGUGUGUGAUGGAAGUGUUUGAACUGAACUGACGGGACAAAGAUCAGAACACACCAAGAGAGAAAGAGCUGCAGGAGUCAUGAAGGUCCUCAGUGUUUUCAUCCUCUCAUGUCUUCUCUUCCAGACCGCCAGUCUGGAGAAACCACCAGCGUCUGAGCCACCUAAAGAACGAGAGCAAAAAACACAAUCAAACUUGGACAAUAACCAAGAUUUAAACUCGGGAGAGACAAAAAAAAGUGAGGACUCGGAGAUUAAAAAAGUUUUUACUCAAACAGAAGAAACUGGUGGCCUUUUGGGGUCAGACUCGGAUCACAAAAAUGGAGCAUUAAACCCUGAACCAAAAACAAACCAAACAGAAUCACAUGUUGUUGAAUCACCAUUGCCUGUUCCAGAACCCGAAACUUCAUCAGAAUCAUCAAACUCCAACCCCAACUCAAAGUCCAAAACUGAUUCCAAUCUCAAAUCCCCAAAAGCACGUGAUGAGGAUUUCUUGGGUCCGGCCCAAUGUCUGAAUCAGAAAUACACAUGGCAGUCUUGCUCCAAAGUGUUUUGUCCCCCAUGGAAGCGAUGCAUCGGAGGACAGUGUGUCUGUAAGAUGCCGUACAAAUGUCCACGGCAGCAGAACACCUGUGCUCUGGACGGAUCCGUGUAUUACUCCAUGUGUCAGGCCAAACGCCAUCUCCUGCAGAACCAAGACGCCCAUCUUCUCACACUUCAGCUCAUCCUGCAAAGUGGGGAGACAAGGUGCAUGUAAACGUGAGAGUCUCUGACUCUCAUAACGUGGUUGAGAUAAACACUGGUUUGGGGAAAAUGCUGGUAUGUGGCAAAGGCUGGAAUAUGGCUGCAGCAAAUGUGGUUUGUCGAAACCCUCUGAAUGUUGACAG